AUGCAUCUAAAAUCAAUCGGACGAAAAUUAUCGGACGAGGAAAAGAAAGAACAUGAAUGGGCUACUACAAUGUAUUUUCAAAUGAUGAUUCCUGUAAUAAUUCUUAUUAUUGCUUUAUUCUUAGCUAUUUUGAAUGAAAAACCGAACAAAAAUAAUACACAGUAUGGAGCAAAUGAUAACAUAUUAACAAUAACUUGGAAAAUUAUCUAUGAAAAAUUUAUAUUAGCCAGAAUUACACACAAACAAAAUCAGAGUACACAAGAUUGA